CAGUAUGAGGACAUAAAACAGAAAGCGUAAAACUAACUCAUGACAUUUGGAGCCAAGACUUGCAGCAGGAUCACACAAAGACUGAGAUGGAUGUAAUGAUGUGGAAACACUGACGCCCUCUUGAAUUAUCAGAUUUUUGAGUCAACCAGUCGAGGAAUGGGGAGAAGAGCAGCUGACCUGACGACUUCGGUUCCAGUUUUAGGAGUCCCUGCCUUGGUUGGCGUGCGUGGUUGGAAGGCAACAGGAGGAGACAGAUCCGGAGGAGCCCUGUGGGGACUUCAGUGCAGUGUUGGUGUUCAGACGUCCCCUGGGAUAAGUAGACCUCCUACCCAGCUAACUGAUACACUCUCAGAUAACAUUAGUCAAACAUCCAACAGCUAUAUUACCAAGGAAACGGAAAACAAGGAGAUACUGCUGCUAACGAAGAGUGACAAGGAGAAAAAGGCAAUUCUAAAACAGAAAAGUGGGGAAUCCAAGACCAAAAAGGAAGUGACUUUCAAAGCACUCAGAGGUGAGGCCUCAAAGGAUGUGGCCUGCUGUCAGAGGAACAGUAGAGGGACUUAUUGCUAUACCAGCGCAAUCAAGACAAAUCCACACAUUGCAGGGAAUAUAACCAAUGCCAGGUCUAAUUAUAAAACUGUUCACCGUUACACCAAUGGCAGCGUGGUUGAUUCAGAGGCAAUUGGUGGAAUUACCGUAGAUAAUGAUGAAGCUGAGCCGGUAAAGAGAGUGACCUGUUAUGGAGGAGACCAAACUAGAUUGCAAGGUCAUUAUACAGAUUUGUGCAGGAAGACGUUGCCAUUAUCUGCUGCCCGAGCUUUUGGCAUGCCACAAAAAAUAUGCAACCACUGUGGAGGGAGACAGGCUGUAACCAACAGAGCUGUCAUUCUAGGGGAGAAAAUCCCUGCUCCCAAUGCUUUCCUUGAGAAAUCUUUAAACUCAGCUUUCACCUCACUCUCGACCUCUAUGCCUCUCCAAAUGCCCCACACUGAAAAAAACCUUAAGGCAAAGCAACAAAUCUCUGACAGCAUUAAUAAUACUGACAACAGGACACAGAUUACAGUCAGUCCGCAAAUAUUAUAUGUUAAUGAAGAACUAAGGUAUCGAAAAACACCACACCCUGCAUGCCCGGUCCACUCUAAAGGCAGUCUAGUCACUUUGUCAAACAUAAAUGCCGACAGGGAUGCAACAUCAAUUCAGCCUACAACUGUCCUGCAUGCUAAAACCAUCACUAUCACAAAAGCAACCAUUGAAACCAGACGGGAUGAUUCCAGUGAAAAAUGUUGUGCAAAACCUGCUCAGGACAAUAAGCUCCCCCGGCCAACAACUCUACCUUUGACCCCUCAGCUGGCCAUAGCUACCAAGCCCAACAACCCACAUUCACACACCUACCCUAAGCGCAUUAAGACAGCACAACACACCCCUACACAAUGCAGUGAAACUCAAAAUGUAUGUGUGUCUGUACACGCUACGCCUGAGAUUACACUGUCACCACCUUCUCAUUUAUACACUGUAGCCGCGGUGACUGGAAAUGCAUCCAGUACCAGUGCACUCACAUCGACCACAGUUUGUAAUUCUGCACCAGCGUCCACUAAAAGUAUAGCUGAUAAAGUCAAUACAGAGAGUAAAUCUCUGCGCUCAAAGCAUGCAGGUCAAAUAAAUGUAGAAAUGAAUACAACUAAUAGCCCCAAAACAACCCCUAAAUGCCCCACACUGUCACUGGCGGGCAAUGCAUUUGAUCAAACACGUAAAUCAAAAUCACUUGCACACCUUUCAUCUUCAAGGCCACCGAAUACUCUACCCAAGCAACUGCAAGAAAAGGCAUCCACAGAAGCUGUCAGCACAUCUUUAGGUAAAAUGCCUUUUACUGACACAGUAGUAAGCUCAACUGGAUUUUCAGCUUUGGCUAAUCCACAACAUCCAACUACACCACAUCCAUAUCUGAGAAUUUUGAAUCAUAAAGCUAAUUCAGAUCAAACUGCAUGUAAGGGCAAUAAAGAUAAGUCUGUAGUUGCGCAAGUAAUUCAUCCUAACUCCUCAAAUUCUGAACCUAUGCUUCACGCUCAUGCAUCUUCCCUAGACGCAACAUCUAGUGCAUCUAAUCUCCUAGACUCGAAAGCUAAGUUGCCUGUGAGUACUACUCCCAGCUCCACACUUACAUUUAACAGCACCCUCAACAGAAAUGUAGCUCUCAGGAACACUGCAUCCAAUUUGAAAAAAUCUGCAACCCCAGCUCACUCGCAUUUGUUUGCCUUGACGGAAAAACAGAAUGAUUUCUCUGUAUCAAGUACAAAUUUGCUUCAAUCAAUAGACACAGCACAAGUAGUUAGCUGUAAUGAAGCCCCCGACACAAGCAAACCUCCACGCGCACAAGGACUAGACAUCAGAACUCAAAGCGGUAACAAACUUGGUGUUGUUGCCCAUCAGGAAAGCAACUUAGCACCUCUACAUGCAUUAUCUAAGCCUCAGAUUGUGCCAAAAGGUCAUAACAGGGGCAGUGAUGCUACCACCCAUAACACUAAAUCAACCAGUGACCCCACUGAGGAGUUGCAUUCUGAUAAAAAUAAAUUCAACGCUAAUUUAAUCAAUGAAUUAGUUGUGCAUGAGUCAAAAGACCAUAAAAAUUCAAAUCCAUCACAGGUCGCUAACCUUCAGAAUUGCAUUUCCCUAAUUAAGUCAAACAGCUCUUGUCUGCAGGGUUGCAUAAAAACAGGACAACAAAAGCCUGCACAUUAUCAAGGAUGCACAGAAACAGAACAUGAGGGACACAGUGCAGCAUGCCCACCAGUGAAAACAGCCCAACAGAAGAAUUCAAAUACAGAACAGUUUGCCUUGGGUGUAUCAGCCAGGCAUGCAAAUGUUAAGCUUAAAACUGACGUAGUUAUAGAGACACAUCCCAAUAACUCAACACCCUCUGUCACACCACAAACAAACUGUGAACCUAUCACCUCAAACAAAAAUGUCAAACCCAUCAUCAAAUCUUCAUCAAAUCAAAUCUUAUUGCCGCAACAAGCACGCACACGUCCAGAACGUUCUUUCACUGCACCAACCCCAUGCAGCAGUGAGGGAGAAGCGCGUAUGCACACAGGCCCUGAUUGCAAUUCCAUAUUGCUAUCAUCAAAAAAGCCCUUGGCAUCCCAUCCCCACCUCCAGUCUAGAGAGGUGGAGGCAAUUGACAGCCCCGCUCCUCCUCAGCCGUGCCCAGAGGACACCAGCCUGGCUCACUCCCACCCAGCUGAUGCAGCCCUGCUGCUGCCGCCUUCCCCACAGUGCUGCAAAUCAGCAGCCCUACAGCAGAGACUCGAGACUGUGGAGGCCAGCCUGGCAGCCAACAAGGACAGGAUCACUACCCUGCUUAACAUUAUCCAUGACCUAGAGACAUGCCACACUCCAGCCAGUGGUCGGCGAUCCUACAAAACUGGACAGGACCUCAAAACCUGCACAACGUGUCAGAAAACUGCUUGUGUGGUAUACAGUGUAGAGUAUGAUUUCAGGCAGCAGGAAAGACGCUUCUUGGAGGUUCUGAACUGUUCGGCGAGUGGCAACAGUGCUUUCUCUGCCCACCUCUCCCAGCCUUUAACCUUCAGCCUGCUCAGAAAUGUCAUCAUUAAGAACUUAACAAAGACAAAGGUGAGAAGCAAAAAGCUGUGCAAGACCCUGUUCAAAUGGCUUCCAGGAAAACCUCACAAAGUGUAGACCUCUUAUCAGUACCUGUGUGCUGUUUAAUAGCCAUUAGUCUGUGUUACAAGUGACCAGCAGAAGCCUUUUGCAGAGGACUCUUAUUAUUCCCUUUCUGCCCAUAGAAAGUAAGGAGGAAGUAAUUACUCUGAACUAGGUUCUUCCCAAGUAAAGUUCCACUCUCCUGCACCUUGUCAAAGCCUAUAUGCAGGAUUUUCUGCUGAAAUUUGAACCUGAUCUUUGUGACCUUCGACUAAUACCAUCUAUAAGGAAUUUGUUUUCACUUUUUUCACAAAUUAAGGCUGUUUUCUUGUCAAUUUGCCUGCAUUAAACUGUAGAUUUCUAUAUCUAAUUUUGUAUAUGAGAUUCUGUUAUGUUUCCAUUGUUAUGAUUAAAGCAUUUUAUUCUAUAGUUCCUUUUUUUUCAAUUGUCUCUUUACCUUCUUUCCCUUACAAUCGUUGUUCAGUAGUUUGAUAUAUCAACUAUUUAACUGUCUGUAAAUUAGUUAAUAUGUCCAGGGUAUUGAUAAAUUCUGAUUGCUAAAC